UACGGCAGCGCAACUUCCGGCUUCAUCACUCUUCCCACAAUCCUCCGCCGCAGAGUGCUGGCCUCGUUGCUCACAUAGUAGUGGAGGGCUGAGGGACUUUAACACGCAGUCAGGCCGGAAACGGAAUAGAAUUCCGCGUUGAUAAUGUCGGCCCAGGCCCAAAUGAGAGCCCUGUUGGACCAAUUGAUGGGCACAUCUCGGGACGGGGAUGAGACACGGCAGAGGAUAAAGUUUACAGAUGAUCGGGUCUGCAAAAGUCAUCUCUUGGACUGCUGUCCUCAUGAUAUUCUUGCUGGAACGCGCAUGGAUCUGGGAGAAUGUACAAAAAAUCAUGAUUUGGCACUAAGAGCAGAUUAUGAAAUUGCCAGCAAGGAGAGAGACUUGUUCUUUGAGCUUGAUGCAAUGGAUCAUCUUGAGUCAUUUAUUGCAGAGUGUGACAGAAGAACAGAACUUGCUAAAAAACGCUUGGCUGAGACCCAGGAGGAAAUAAGUGCAGAAGUGUCUGUAAAGGCAGAAAAGGUUCAUGAGCUGAAUGAAGAAAUAGGAAAACUUCUAGCAAAAGCUGAACAGCUGGGAGCUGAAGGGAAUGUAGAUGAAGCUCAAAAAAUCCUUAUGGAGAUGGAAAACGUGAAAGGAAGAAAAAGAGAAGCAGAGGAAGAAUACCGUAACUCAAUGCCAGCAUCAAGUUUCCAACAGCAGAAAUUACGUGUGUGUGAAGUCUGUUCAGCCUACCUUGGUCUACAUGACAACGACCGGCGACUUGCUGAUCAUUUUGGUGGCAAAUUGCAUUUAGGAUUUAUCCUGAUUCGUGAAAAACUGGAAAUGCUGAGGAGAACGGUUGCAGAAAAGCAGGAGAAACGAAAUCAAGAUCGAUUAAAGAGAAGAGAAGAACGGGAAAAAGAUGACCGCACGGGCAGACGGUCACGCUCCAAGGAAAGGAGGAGACGGCGGUCACAAUCCUCAUCCCGUGACAGACGAAGGUCUCGAUCAAGGUCAAGGGACCGACAUAGGAGACAUCGCAGUCGUUCAGGCAGUCGCAACAGAAGUCAUCACCAGAGCUCAAGGGACAGAGGAUCAAAGCACAAGUAACACCUGUUACGGAAGGAGAGAUAACAAAAUCAGCAUCUAAACUUACAAGAACCUUUUAGAUGAGCAGGGAAUACACCAGGACCAUUACUGAGACACCCAAUGACUUUCCAGAUGGCGAAGCUUGAAGUACUACACAUAACAUAGUUUGUGUUGCGUUGUAAAUAAUUAAGCAGUGUUCUACAGAUUUACAAUUACGGUUUUUACUUGCCGAAAAUUCAUUUUUUUUAAACUUAAAUUUUUAUUGUUUGAGCUGUGUUUGCUAAAUAGUAUGCUGCUUGCCCUACAUUUUGAAAGUAGUGAAGUAUAAAUAAAGUAUUUCAUUUGUGCAAAAUUGUAUCUCUUCCCACAUUAUUAAAAAAAAAAUUAUAACCA